UCCACGCCUUGCCUUCCUUCCUUGGUUCCGAUACGGAUUCAGAGAUAGCGAACAAGGGAGGGGGGGAAAGGUUGGGUCCACAUGGCUGCAACGUCGGACCACGCUUUUUUUUGAAACCUAGUUGAGACAGGUAGGCUUCUCAGCCACUACUUAUCGAUGCCUUGCACCAAGAAAAAAAGUAUUAAUAAUAAUAAUCCAAGGUCAGAGGACUUGGCCAGUCAUUCGGGCCCAUCACAGCCUAAACGCCCGCCGUACAUAGUAGGGACCGAGGAAGAUCCAAGCUUCAGUUCGCGAAACUGAUCAUGACAGCCAAGUGCCACUGGCUGCAGGUUUCUUUGCUUCGGGAGCUACGGUGGGCCCGGAUGCAGGAAUUGGCCGCUCCCUUCGUCUUCUCCUCAGUCAGCACUUUAGAUUUUGAACUCUGUCAGCUCAUUGCGUAACGAGAAGAAGAACGAAGAAUAGCCGACCACGUUCCGGUCUUCGACAAACUUGAACUCAGCUUCUGUCCUUCACUGAGUCGAUGCGCGCAUCAAGAGGAAGGAGAUCAUUGUGACACGCCCCCGGAAUCCCAUUUGGCUCUCCUCUCGCCAGUCAACCAGCGCAUCACGAUGAUAAUGUGAUGGCCACUAUUCCGUUAUGUUGUACGUACAACACAACCGUGACACGCGUUCGGGACUUGCCCUCCGAGUCGGUGAAGAUGCUCAUCGUUUCGUUCCAUUUUCACAAAGAGGUUCGAUACGUGCUUCUUCCUGGGAAAUGUUGGGCAGAAAGGUUUCAGAAGGCGAACGUUUCGGUGUCUGCUGACAAGAUGACAUGUGAUCCCGGUACCGCCUUGUCAUUUGAGUGCACCGCACUCGUCGUUCUUGAGAGGGACGUAUCCCUACGCUCGCUAUCUUGGCGCAUGGCCAAGCAUUGCAGGGCGGCAACCAUCGACCUCUGUCAUUCACGGCCCAACGACGGGAUGAUCAAUGCGAGAGGCCAGUACACAGAGGUGGACUCCGCGAGUCGAAUGGCAAUGCAAAGACAUGCUGUCCGAUCAUCGUACGGUGACGUCCAGUGAGGGACUGAGAUGUUCAUGUGGCCUGCCUUCCCAUCCCAACGUUUCCGUAAAACAUUUAAUUGACGCAGACCGGGCGCAUUUUGGCUGUCAAGAUACUCCGACCCUGUGUAAUUAUCGGGAUGCCGUAGAAGUUACCAUGUCGAGGAGCAACGUAAAACAGAAUGGGUGUGAUAUAUAGCUUAUGUCAGAGUGAAACGAUGUGUGUCGUUGUUGUUUAUGCUUGUCGUGUCGUCGUUGUCACUGUUGGAGAGUUGCUUCCAUGCUCGCGCACCCAGCAAGUGGGGACGGUGUUGCCUGAACGGGGACUGUGGGAAGAAAUCUUGUUUGACGUAUGUGUCUUCGAUGGCGUCUUCGAUCUUUUCUGUUACACGCCAAAAACUUCUUCCAUGGUGAAGAUCAGCAGAACGGAAGAUUCCCCACAACUUCUUUCGGACCUAUUGCCCUUACAACCGAGGGCAGAUCCUUUCCCUCUUCUCUCCUCCCCUCCACACCGUCCAGCUCAGCACCUCAAACGACGGCUACCAACAUCGUCGACGGUACCCCGCGCACAGCCCUUACUUGGCAGAGACGAGCGCUCAUUUCGAUGUCGAGGUCAUCCUAGGAUACGCUAUCAAACUGCAUCAAACCAAGGACACCACCUCCCACUUCAUCAGCGUGACAACCAUGUCACAUCAAUUACCGCGGUAAGCUCUCCAAUCUGCGUACUGCCCAACUAUCGCGGAUGUCCGACUUCAGCGGUUCUGUGUGUACCAAAGGUGCGACGAAAGGUGCGAGUAAGCAAACGCCAUGGGGUUGUCUCUUGUCAUGUCAUGGCACUUUUGUCUGUGUGCCGUCCACGGCAUGGCGCGUGAAGUGUUAUCAAGACUUCCUCUCGUGACUCGAAGGGUUUCGAAUCUUGAUGACACGUCGUUUUGUGACACUCCCCAUCAUAGAAUUCCUGCAACGCUAUUUGUAGAACGAAGCUUGAAAGGUUGUACGGAAGACAUGUCACAGAGCAUGCCGUUUACCCACACAUGUCGGUCAUAUAUCAGAUCCAAGCCAGCCGCGCACGCCGCAUUCAAUUCUGCCAACAUAGAUCCGUUUCGAAGUCUGCGCGAUCCGACAAUAGACGUUGAUGAAAAAACGACAUGGAAGCUCGAAUUUGGCGUGGAGGUCGUAGAGAGCAUAAUUAAACGUUGGGUUAAUCCCAGCAUUAGUGCGCGCUUGUUUCGGCAGUCGAUCUUGAAGCCGCACCUCCGUUAUCUUGCACAAAUCAUUGAUGCUGCUCGAAAUCGUAAGGUCAAAGGACAAAUACGGCGUCACCGUCGCAGGGCAUAGCAAACUUAUACCUGCCCAGACGUAACUAUGGCUAUCAAUAUUUUACAACGGACAUCAGGUCUGGCGAACAAACAAGUUGCAGGAGCGCUGGGAGUACAAGACCGCGAUAAGGAAAUAUGGUGAUACCAGAUGAUGAUGGCAAGUUUCGCUUCAGAGGUUAUCAUCGUCCACGGUGAUUGGAAGCCGUGGAUCCAUCUGUACUUCGUUCGGCCAGAUACAGUCGGACGAUGUGUUGAUGAUGAUCGCUUCCGAACGAACGAGGACAAGCAAAAGGCCGGCCCGGAUGCCGUCAAUUCCAGAUACCUGUUGGCAGUGUACUUAUCUCAGCCUACUUACAGACUGGAAUCAGACGGUCGGCUUGCCCAAAACAAACCUCUGUGAUCUAGAACAGGACUCGCUCCAGAUAUCCAUAAAAAUAUCGAAUGUAGUGCCUGUGGGGUUUUUGUAACUACAGAGAAUCGCGGAUAUGCGGUCGGCACUUGUUACACCCGUAUACUCCACUGACCAGGGGAACAGGGGCUCCGCAUAUUUGAUGACGGACGUCACGGUUGACGCAGUUUGAAUAACAGUUUAUUAGUAGAGAACACCCUGCACUUUGAACCUAGUCGCGCGAUCUUGGCCU